UUUGCGCAUGAAUUUUGAAAUGCUUGUUUGUAAGUGGAAGACAUUUUGGUAAAUAAUUCCAUAUUCUUGCUCCAUCAAAAUGAAUGUUGCUGAUUUACUAGCAUUUCAGGUAUUUGAAUUGUUGUUUUGUGGGAGUUGAUGAUGCAAUGUUUGUUAUUAACAUUGUCUAGCACCAUAUAUUAAUCUCAGACUUAAUCGGAGGUACAAGAAGCAACUUCUUAAAUUGUUUAAGAGAACACGAAACCUUUUCCGGUUUUCAGAUUUGAGUUUUAUAUCUCUGGAAAGUUAAAUCACUUGAAGAUUUGUGUUUUGGUUUAAUUGUAUCCUCAUAUAAGAGAUUCUUUUCUCAGUCUUUGGUAUGAUACUGUUUUGUAAUGAGAGUGAAACUUAAAAAUACUGAACUCCGAAAUUAGAACCAAGACUAAAAUCGAGCUUCAACAUUUAUCCUUUGUCUGAUUUUAACACAGUUGCAAUUAAAUAAUCAAUGACCCAUCAUAGCACUUUCAGAAAUUCACUCUAGAUAGUUUCACUUUCCCCCUGCCCUUCCCCCCUGCCCUUUCCCCCACCCCUCCACCCUCUAUCCUAUGAUUAGGGUUUGGCAUUCAAAUGUUGUAUGUUGUGGUAGAAAAUUUUCACUUGAAAGGUUUAUGAGAUUGUUUUAUUUGUUUAUCUGUUUGUGAUAGCCUGAGAGAGGAGCCAAGAGAAAAAAUGAUGAGGAGGAUCAGGUGUCCAUUAAUACAAAGAAAAGACCAAUGGCUGCGGACAGGCCAACAGGUUCUGGUCUGUCUGAGGAGGAAAGAUUGAAAAUAUUGGAAAUGGUAGAAAAUGAACCAGAGGUCAGUUUUGUCCAUUUGAAGGAUCAGAAAUUUAGAAAUUUGUUAGUGUCAACAUAACAAAAUGGUGCAAUCAAUGGAUAAAUUUUUCAUAGAUUUUUAUCUUAAUUUAUCAAUGCUAAGUGGAAUUUUUUGUUUCUCUUUUCACUUUUCAUCUGUAGCAUAAUUUUCUUUUUUUUUCUUUUUGAAACUUAGAUGGAAGCUCUUGAUGUAGGUUCUCUGAAGAGGAUGCUUCUGCUCUUUGAGAAAAAAGUUACAAAAAAUCAAGAAAUGAGGAUAAAGUACCCAGAGAAUCCAGAGAAGUAGGUCUUAUUACCUUCUCUCUAAUUUGUUUCAGUGAGAUCAACAUUUUUUAACUGUGCAUCCUAUUUAGUCAAAAAAUUAUUAGAAUAUAUUUAUCCUCAUUAAAUUUAUUAUGGUCAUGUGAUCCUCUCAAUGUUUUCCAACUCUCAUGGAUUAACUAGAAGUCCCCCAGAUAUAUAAUGCAGUUCCUGGCAUUUGGAUAUAUUUUGCUCUAAAAAGGGGAAAUCAGGUAUAUUUUUAAGCAAAAAAAAGGUUUGGGGUGUUAGAUGGAACUGCAAAAAGGUCUUUGAAAGAUGUCAAAUAGAUUUGUUACAAAGGAAUAACUGUGUUUUACAUGAUAAAGAAGUGUAAUUUUGUUUCAUUCUUGACAGGUUUAUGGACUCAGAGCUUGAUCUGAAUGAUGAAAUUCAGAAGUUACAUGUUAUAGCCACAGUUCCACAUCUCUAUCAGCACAUUGUAGAUGUUAAUGCUGUUGGAACCAUCCUAGGCUUGUUGAGCCAUGAGAAUUCAGGUGAAAAAUAUGGAUACUUUGAUGGUACCAAAAGACUGAAAGAUAUAUAAGUUUUCCUCUUUCUUUUUGAUGCAAUAGUUGCAUAAUUUUCAUUUUAUGACUGUACAUUACAAGGAGCAUCUGGUUCAUCUUCCUUGACCUUUUGACCCCUAAGAGUGACUAGCAUCUAAUUUCUCCUUACAUUAUCACCCCUGAAUCCAACAUUAAGGUCACAAGAAUAAAGGAAAUGAUCACCGAUUAAAGCAUCUCUUGAUUGUGAAACAAAUUCUCCUUGUCAGUACCUUAAGAAAAGCAUCAAGAGCAGUAUGGAGGAUAUGCAUACUGAUGUGAGGGUGUAAAGGGUUAAAUGUAAGAAUCAAAGGUAUUAUUCAUUUUAAACUAAAAGCCUGUCCUUUUUGUCAGUGAUUUUUUGCCACUCUUGUUUUUAGGUGUUAUUUAUUGGAACUAUGGAUUAAUGAAAUAGUUUAUGCCUGAAUUAAAAACCGUAAGACUUCUAAAAAGUACAGAAUAUGAUAAUGAGGAUACAAUGAAAUGGUAGACACAUAUGUUAAAAACUAUUAACAUGUUGUAAUUUGAACUAUGGAUGAUAAUAAAGGGGUUCUAAAAUGGUCAGUUUGACAGACUGACAUGUUGAAAAGUCUCAUGUAGUGUGCCUGUUGUCAACAGUGACUUGCUUUCAGAUUCAGUAGCCUGGCAAGUUUGUGGUGUUCUAUAGCUAUAAUAAUUACCUUUGAAUAGGUUCUUGCAGUGUAUGCACAGCUGUAGCUGAUCAUGCCUAUCAACUUGGGUGGGGAUUCUGGCUUCCUCAAAUUCCUUUCCAUACCCUGUAUGGGGUAACACUAUCACUGCCAACUUGUUCUCUCUCAAUAUCUCUAGUCUAUUGAUCCUAAUAUUGAUAAAAUAAUGAUAUUUCCAACAGACAUCUCUAUAGCUAUCAUUGAUCUACUCCAAGAAAUGACUGAUGUGGACACACUUAAUGAGAGUGAAGAAGGUGCUACUGCUCUUAUAGAUGCACUUGUAAGUCCUUAGUCUGUGCUAUUUUCUGUACUGGAGUGCUUUUUCAAAUUGUUUCUAAUGAUAGAUGCUGAUGUGUCUGCUUUCUCUUUAGCUUGAAGGGCAAGUGGUUGCUCUUUUAGCCCAAAAUCUGGAUAGACUGGAUGAAAACAUCAAAGAAGAUAGUGAUGGUGUACACAAUACAUUAGGUUUGUGCAAAUAACUCAAACAGAAUCAUUAAUUUCUAGAAGGCUCUAUUCAAUUGAACUAGGUUUUCUUUACUGUGGUAUACCUGUAUUUGCUAUACACAUUUAUGAUCAUUGUCCAUUACUAACUGCCACUGAAUUCCUUUCUUUGCUCCAAAUAUCAACAUAAGGUUUCUUUACAAGGUUGUAGGCAGUGUUGUUUAAUUUUUAUGUGUUUUCUCUCUGAUCAGGAAUCAUAGAGAACAUGACUGAACUCAGACCUUCAGUAUGCCAGGUGGCAGGUGAGCAAGGAAUGCUGGGAUGGCUUCUCAGAAGACUUAAGGUAACUUAUCCAAAUCAACUUUAAAUGCAGUUUAUUCUGAUUAUAUGAGGGUGAGUAUCUCAUUCUGAUUAUUUUUGUCUUUCGUUUUCUGAAUUUAUUUUAGCAAAAGCCUCCUUAUGAUGCCAACAAACUCUACUGCAGUGAAAUUCUCUCCAUCCUUCUUCAAAAUACAGAAGGUAAUGAUGAAUGAAGAUGGUAAUAAUUAAUAAAAUAAUCAUUAGUUGUUAGGGUAGUUGAUUUAUGUUGAUCUCCAAGCUUAUUUUAUCAGAAACUAAUCAAGACUUUAUGUACACUAAAUAGAUUAUUUUUCAUUAUAAUCCUAAGAAACAGUACUUAAAAGUAGUUUUGUGGAUUACCGUUUGCAAAAUUUGAAAUUUUGUCCCUAAAGACACAAAAGAAUGAAGGUAUGAUCAACAUCUUGAGGCCAAUUUUAUCAUCUUGUCCCCAAUUUAAAAAGGAGAACCCUAGUUUUUUUUCUUCCUGAUCCAAAACCAGAAAAUGCCUUGCUUCUGUUGAGCUUUGCAAAUAAUGGACAAUAUAUGGGCUCUUUCAUGAGAGAGUGUACACUUGAUCCAAAAUGAAUAACAUUUAAUUCAUUGAAAAAGAUGGAAGCAGAGUCUCCAUAUGUACAUGUUUUUUUAGAAAUUUAUACAUUAAAAUAAGGUUGUUUUCUCACCAGAAAACAGACAGCUUCUUGGAGAACUUAAUGGAAUUGACACACUACUACAAUGUCUAUCAGUAAGCCCCUUUUAGCUCAAUAUCAUGAUAAUGCUACGGGUAUUUUUAAUAAUUUGUUUGAGAGCCACAUUGCAUCUACUUUGAAGAAUCUGUUAGCUCUGUGUAGAAAUGCUUAAGUAAUUCUAAUAUUUAGCUGAUAUCAUUACAGCUUUACAAGCGAUAUGACCCUACCUCAUCAGAUGAAUUAGAGUUUAUGGAAAAUCUUUUCAACUGUCUGUGUUCCUCUUUGAUGCACAAUGCAAACAAAGAUCUGUUCUUGAAGGGAGAGGGACUUCAGCUUAUGAUUCUCAUGUUAAGGUAAUUUUUUUAGCUCCUACUUUUUUUUCCUUUGCUUUCCUCAUGUUAUCUUUCGUUUUGUUUGAGUUGAAUGCCUUUAAACCAAGUCCCUUAGUUAAUUUUCUGAAUAAAGUUCUACUUUUUUCAAAGAUGAGUCGGAAUGGUUUAUUUUUUAGAGAAAAGAAACUCUCUCGUAGAAGUUCCCUGAAGGUGCUGGAUUACGCCAUGCAAGGAGCCGAAGGAGCUGAAAACUGCAGCAAGUUCAUUGAAUUCCUGGGACUUAGAAGCUUAUUUCCGUUAUUUAUGAAGGUGAGGAACAAGUCGUCUAAUUUCAGGAAUUUUAUUAACGUUUUCCAUUUGAGGGUAGGCCCUCAUUAUCAGCACAGCAAGACACACGUUCCUCCGCCCUCGAGAAGAUUUUAGACGAGUCGGCGAGAGGUUUGUCAGGGACGUAGCACUAUCAGUGCUAGACUCCUUGCAGACCUGUCGCCGACGCGCGUUCAAGGCCUCAUACUUUUAUCGCAGGCGAAGAAACGCGUGGGCUAUUUAGGGACUAUUUGCCGCCUAUCAUCUUGUUGGUCAUGAAUUUAAAAAAAAUUCCUGUCUAAGGAGGAAAAUUGUGUGAGUGUUACGAUUUUUGUAUGCUUUUUAUCUAAAGGGUUAGUCAUGAAUGUUCUUAAAAGCCCCUAAGUUAAGUAUCAAACCAAAUAUUUUAGCAACAGACUGUCAUAAAUACUACCAAUAGUAAUAGGUUUUAGGCCAGAAUAUUAAUAAAAGUCUUAAAAUGUUUAGUGUACAUUGAGAAGAACUUUUGUUGGGUUUUUCCUUUUCUAGCCCUUCAAGAACAAUAAGAAAGUUGGGUCCUCAGAAGAAGACACUGAAGGUGAGUUUUAACAAAACGAUAUCACGUUGCCUAAAAAAGUUAAAAUUUAGUUUUUGUCUUCCCUAUCAAAUGAUAGGUCACAGUAGUUAUUUACCAGAUAAUAACGGCUUAGUUCUCUGACAAACUCUGGCUAGAAACAACCUUUUAACGUCGCGCGUGGAUGCUCGUUAAUCAUGCCUGAAAGAAUGUACACUACUCUUGCACAAUGCAGACAUAACUAAGUACCGUCAGGGACAUUUUCAAUCGAAUGGCGAAAGUAUUCCGGGACUGCUUUGGUUUUGCUUUACUUCGCUCCAUGAUUGGUCCAGAAAACUCGCACCACUCAUCUCAACCAAUCAGAUGCAAAACUAAAAGCAAUCACGACUUGGUCGCCCGCGUUUUCCCGCGCUUUUGGCAAUUUGGUUGUUUUUAUUUUGAGCUCUCAUUGGCUCUUAAUCAUCGUAUCAUUUCCUUUCUUCUGAUUGGCCGCUUUGUGAUUAAUCUGUACGACACUCAAUCGAAAAGCGCUCAAUUAUUGAACUAAAAAUUGUGAAGCUCGGACGAGAAAUAAAAAGAGUUGUCGUUCCUUUAUCACAAGUGUGGGCAAAGGAAACCCACAGAUAUCCCCCUCCCCCUGUAGAAUUUCUGAGAUGCCAUUCCCCGUGGGCCGCUCAGAUUCUAGCAGAAUCUCGUUACUCCACAACUGAGCUCCAGAUUUGCCAGUGUAACUUAGUUAAACAAAGCACGCAAUCAGAAUUUCUGAUCUUAAUCAAUAUGAACCCAGUAUAUGGCCGAGACAACUUUUUAUGGAGCAGCCAACCGUAGAAUCCAGAGAUCUUAGGUUUUAUUUCGCGUGGGAAACUAAAAUUUUUUUCUUAGUCGCGUUUAUGCGACGAACGAAGAACAUCUUUCAUACCUGACUUUGAUGUGUUUUCUGUUCUUUCCUAACAGAACACACCUGCUCAAUAAUAAUGUGGUUGUUUAGAAACCUAUCAGGGAACUUGAAGACCCGUCUUGUGCAGAAAUUUGUGGAAAGUGAUCACCUCAAAGUGGAUAGAUUAAUGGAGCUUCACAUGAAAUACCACAACAAAAUACAGGAGUGUGACGCCAAGAUAGAGAGAGAGAAGCAGGUCUGAUAGAGACUGGUACACAUGGCUUUGGGGUCGAUACAGUAGCACUUACUUGCCAGAAUCGAACUUUUGAAGGAUAACGUUGAAAUCCUAAAUUGUUAUCGAAUAAGAAGCUACCUUGAUUUUGUUAUUAAGCUGUCAGAGAGGUAAACGUUAAUUUUGGGGUCCGCGCUCGCGUUAUGUUUGUGUCAGCGGAUUACAGGUUCAGUUUAGAUUAAAGAUGAAAAGUGAAGUAUGAGAAGUUUAGGGUUCGCCUAAUACUGGAUUCAUAGUUUCUCCAAAGCAUGUCUUAAGCUGUUAAUUUUCAUUCCCCAGGAGCUACAAGAUGAAGGCGAGGAGAUAGACGAAGCGUUAGAGGACGAGUUUUACAUGCGGAGACUGGAUGCCGGUCUGUUUACGCUGCAGCUAAUUGACUGUAUCAUCAUGGAAGUGUGUUGUUCUAGUGUCUCCUCGGUAUGACUGUGCAGAAUUAAUUUUUUUUUUCUUCGUUUGUUUGCUUUUUAGAUUUUUGUUUUGUUUUGUUUUUUUUUUUUUUGGGGGAGGUAUUUUAUCGCGGAGAAGACUACAUAUUUUGUGUUUCUUUUUGUACGAAAACAAUUUUUGGAAAUUGAGACAAGCAAAAUUUUCAUUGGACGCUGAUAUUUUGCAAUUUGCUCUUGAAGCAGCCAAACAUAAACAAGGAAGGGAGAAUGAAAAAUUUUCAAGUUUUAUCAAUUACUAAGUUAUGCAGAGGGUAGUUACGAUCGAUAACUCGGGGAUGGGUAACUUGAAAGAGUUCAAAAACGAAAAAUUGGAAGUGAGAUGUGACUCUCACAUAGAGCUUCCUAUAAUUCUACUCUAACGCCAUUCUACCAUGAUACUGGAGUAACAAAAAGCGCAAAAUAUGCCACGGUAUUAAACUGUUGAACAGAGCGAAAUUUGGAAUGGAAAGCGGAGCAUCAAAAUGGCCGCGCUAAACGAUUCAAACUUUGAUUUUUUUUUUUUCUUGCUAUGCAGUAUUACCAUUCAUUCUGAUAUCGAAUUAAAUCUUCGUUUUCUCGGUACUUAUGUCUGAAGAAUAACAGUUAUGACCUAGUUUAAACUACGUGUUUUUAAUGGUCCUCUACUGCGCAGCCGCAGUGUGAAAUUGUCACACAACGCUCUCUGUCAAUAGUCGGUGGUAGUGUCAGUCAAGUGAACGUUCCCUGACAACUCCAACCAAAAACUGCGAGUUAGAUCCGUCUCUUAGACCUAAAAGCUCUCAUUGUAGCAAUGUAGUAAGAAACAGUGUUACUGCUGGUUAAUACAAUAUUUGUAUUCUUUGAUUUGCAGAUAAAACAGCGGGUGGUUACUCUGUUAAACCAACAUGGAGGUUCUUUAAAAGAUAUAAGAGCAAUUAUGAGAGGUACGUUUAGAGGAUUUUGACCGGCUUGCCAAUGAAUGCCCAUGAAAGUUGAUGUACGGAGCUUUACAGUCCUUUCAGUCUUUGUGUUCGUACAAUCAUUUUCUUGGCUAAGGCUAAAAAAAUGAAAAAAAUGUCAUGAAUUGCUGAGCGGGUUUUCAUUUUUGCGGAAUUUGUGGUCAGCCUUGGAUUCACAACAAUAAGCCCCCGCGGAAGAAAGAAAAACUCCCGCGAACAAAACGCUGCUAAAAUAUACUACAACUGGCAAACUGUCAAAUGAUAACUUCUGCAGGAAUGUCAAGCAUCAGCUUGUAUUUUUUGUGCGACAAGAAGGAAGACUGUAUAAUAACUGGUAGUUUAAGAGUUCAUAUCAUUAUGACGCUUAAAGGGAGUCAUUGGCGUGGAAUUUGGUCAAAAUCCAACGUUGAUUUUCUUAUUUUCAUUAUUUAUAUUUAAUUAGAAUAUGCCGCGAGUGUGGGAGAUGCCAAGAGCAAGGAGAGUCGAGAAACUGAAAAGAAGAGAAUCCUGUCGCUUAUCGAUAGAUUUUAAAACCGCUGAACUAUGGAUUCGGUGAUCAAGGCUCAUUUGCAUACGUCACCACUCGCUUACAGAAGCCUUCGGAUCUCUAAACGCAGCGAGUCAGUUUCUCAACUGUAAUAGCUUCUCGAAGUCACAAUUUCAAAGGGCGAACAAAGUGUGCAUGUCUGCGAGUCUGCGUUUCAUCAUUUAACUGGAACAUAAAAUACAACAGUAUCUUUUAAGUGAAUAUGACAUUGAUCUUCGCAGUAAUGAACACUACUUAGGCAAUUGUGAAAAUAAGGCCUGAAAAAAAGAGGUCUGCACCAGUAUCGCAGAGGUCAUGGGAUCAAACUCCUUACAGGCCUUAAUUUUUUCCAGGCGUUAUUUUCACUACUGCGUACUUAAAGUAGUGUUCACUACUGCGAAGAUCACUUUCAUGUAAACUUCUUUAUCCGCAGUUCGAAUAUAUGAUUUUCAUAUAUUCACAGUCAUUUAGUAUCUUUUGAGUGUCUAAAGUAUUUGCUAUGAAUGAAGAGAUCUUCUGUUUCAAUUAGAUGCUAAAGCAGUUCUUAAACUAAGGAAAACUAGUUUAAACCAUUUUCCUUUUCACAAGGAUCUGCUAUAAAGCUGCACACAACUUUGAUGUUAAAAAAAAGUUUCUUUUUUUCAACAUACGAACAUACGUGAACUGUAUUUGUAACAAAAUAAAGUCAUGGUUUUUAGCCAUCCUC